CUCAGAGUGAGUGAGCCAGCGGUAUAGAGGAUGCUGGAUGACGGCGAUGCGCACUGAACAACUCGCCAGGAGGCUGCUCUGCCUCUCUUCUUCUCACAGGACUUACAGGAGAAUGGAUGGAGUUUUUGCGUAACUGGCAAGAGAUGGAUUUCCCUGCUUUGUGUCACCUUUUUGGCACGUUGUUCAAUUCCAGAAGACGGACAUAACAUCGAGGAGUUGUGCGUGGGAUUCUCACAGGCUGUAGAUUUGUUUCCAACAACACAGAGAGGUUUUCACAUCCGUGGAGGGUACGUGACAUCGUUUGGAAAUGUCGGAUUUCCACAACCGGAGCCAAACCAGCGCGCGUCGCAGUGACUACGUGUGGCAGUAUGAGUAUUACGACGAUGAGGAGCCCGUGUCCUUUGAAGGACUCAAAGCGCACAGAUACUCCAUCGUCAUCGGCUUCUGGGUCGGGCUCGCCGUGUUUGUCAUUUUCAUGUUCUUUGUAUUAACUCUGCUCACUAAGACAGGAGCGCCGCAUCAAGAAAACCCAGACUGUGCUGAAAAGCGUCAUCGACCAGGGAGCUGUCUGGUAGACAUCGAUGGCCCAGGGGAAGAAAACGACAAAGCAUUCUCACGUCCUUUAUUAUCAGAGUCUCGUUCAUAUUUUCAUUUUUACAUCAAUGAGGAGGAUCAAGGUCAGGGGAAGCUAAAACCUGAAGAUGAGAGAGCUCGGAAGCACUCCGGGGCCCGAGCACAGCAGGGGUCCUGCAACCCACCGAGAGGUGUCAGCUCCUCGAGGAUGGAAGAGAUGGAAGAGGAUGUUGAGGAAGCUGAGGGGCAACAACCCCUCAAUGGACUAAUAGAAGAGAGUAAGACAGACAGAGAAUGUGCCUUCUUUUCCCACUUCAACAUCCCUAACUUUGUGAACUUGGAGCACAGUUCAACACUCGGAGAGGAUGAUCUGCUGUAUGAGCCGUCUGUCAUAUUGGAGCGCCAAUCUCACUCUCAGGAUGCCCACUGCGACUCCCACUAAGGCUGUUUCUACAAAGAGAUUAGAGGCAUGAAGUGGUAUUGUAAUAUUAUUACAGUAAUAUUCACACACCUGACAUACACCUACCUGGAGUAUUUUCAGCCUUUUCAGUGACAUUCAGAGCAAAAACGAUGGACCACAAUUCCAAGUGACAUUUCUUCCUUGGGAUAGAUUUGGGUUGUAAAUUGUACUUUUCACUUUUCGAGUGCAGUGCUCCUCUGAAUUGGAUGCUGCUGCAUGGGGAUUAGAUGGUUUCUAAAUAGAAGACUCAGAGGGUAGUGGUGAUACUAGGGAAAAAUGCUUUGUACAAUUCAUUCUGCUAUUACUGCUGUCUUGUUAUCUUGUGCAAUUCUGGACAAUGGGCAUUAUCUCUCCAACAGGUCAAGAGACAUGAAAAGCUAUAGCUCUAUUAGAAAAGGUGACAUCUACUUCAACUGUGUAAUUAGUAGCACAAAAACAAACAUUCUUUGACAGGGUUGAGACCUGAUGACAAUGUGAAUCCUUUUUGUAGUCUCUCAGAUUAAACAUGAUUGACCGAAUAAAGCCUAAAUGGUUUUGAAAUCCAACGCAAUACUGGUGUGUUGUUGCAUUUUCUAACAUUGUAUGAUGGUUAGGGCACUUUUGUCAACCUUGUCAUAGGUAAUAACUAGAAUUUGAAAUGGCGAUAAUAAAUAUUGACUGGUUUGGUUCACUCUCGCUGCAACAGGUGGCAGUUCCCAGUAAAUAAAAAAAAAUCAGAUGAAUUCUCUGUAUGUUACCAAAAAAACAUCUGGUGAACAGAACUGAGCAUUUAGCAGCUCAAGAGCUAAAGAUUUCCCAGAGCCGUAAGGAGAAUGAGCAUUGAGCUUGCCAGAUGGCAAGAAUUACAACUAUAAAUAAAUACUGAUGUUGUGUCAUGUCUGCUGGAUGCAUAAAUA